CGGAGCCCGAGGGGGCCGCUGCGGGGAGGGUCUUUUUGGGGACGGCUUGCCCCGCCCCAGUCCGGCCGCGGCGCGGUUUCGGGCGGCUGCUUGGAGGGCUGGGGUAUCCAGGGCAUGAGCGGGGUGUGGGAAACCGGGGAGCCUCGGUGCCAGGCGGCGCUCGCGGUCCUGGCCUCGCUGUGCCGGGCUCGGCCGCCCCCUCUCGGGCUGGACGUGGAGACUUGUCGGAGCUUCGAGCUAGAGCCCCCAGAGCGGAGUCCGAGCGCUGCCGACGCAGCUGUGCUGGAUGCCCUGGAGGAACAAGGAGGCCUCCAGCCCCUCCUCUGCUAACCCCUCCCCGGAGGCCCUCCAGAGCCCCAGCUCCAGAGGCAACAUGGCGGACAAGCUGAAAGACCCCAACACCCUGGGCUUCCUAGAGGCAGCCGUGAAGAUCAGCCACACGUCCCCAGAUAUCCCUGCCGAGGUGCAGAGGUCGGUCAAAGAGCACAUCAUGCGUCACACACGGCUGCAGCGACAGACCACAGAGCCAGCGUCAUCCACCAGGCACACGUCCUUCAAGCGCCACCUGCCACGGCAGAUGCAUGUCUCCAGCGUGGACUACGGCAAUGAGCUGCCCCCUGCGGCAGAGCAGCCCACCAGCAUUGGCCGCAUCAAGCCCGAGCUCUACAAGCAGAAGUCAGUGGAGGGGGACGAUGCCAAAACAGAGGCCAAGACCUGUGGGAAGAUCAACUUCAGCCUGCGCUACGACUACGAGAACGAGACCUUGAUCGUGCGCAUCCUGAAGGCCUUCGACCUCCCCGCCAAGGACUUCUGUGGCAGCUCUGACCCUUACGUCAAGAUCUACCUCUUGCCUGAUCGCAAAUGCAAGCUGCAGACACGGGUGCACCGCAAGACCCUGAACCCCACCUUCGAUGAGAACUUUCACUUCCCCGUGCCCUACGAGGAGCUGGCUGACCGCAAGCUGCAUCUCAGUGUCUUCGACUUUGACCGCUUCUCCCGCCAUGACAUGAUCGGGGAGGUCAUCCUGGACAACCUCUUUGAGGCCUCUGACCUGUCCCAGGAAACCUCCAUCUGGAAGGACAUCCAGUACGCAACCAGUGAAAGCGUGGAUUUGGGAGAGAUCAUGUUCUCCCUCUGCUACCUGCCCACAGCAGGCAGGCUCACCCUCACUGUGAUCAAAUGUCGGAACCUCAAGGCGAUGGACAUCACAGGCUACUCAGAUCCAUACGUCAAAGUGUCCCUGCUUUGUGACGGGCGGAGACUGAAGAAGAAGAAAACCACCAUAAAGAAGAACACCCUCAACCCCGUCUACAACGAGGCCAUCAUCUUUGACAUUCCCCCGGAGAAUAUGGAUCAAGUCAGUCUGCUCAUCUCGGUCAUGGAUUAUGAUAGAGUGGGCCACAACGAGAUCAUAGGAGUCUGUCGUGUGGGGAUCAGUGCCGAAGGCCUGGGCAGGGACCACUGGAACGAGAUGCUGGCAUACCCGCGGAAGCCCAUCGCACACUGGCACUCCUUGGUGGAGGUAAAGAAAUCCUUCAGAGAGGGAAACCCUCGGUUGUGAUUUCACUCACGUGGAUGCUGCAAUCAGAGAGACUGCCACCGGAGUUAGGAGUAAGUACCUGGUAUGGCACCAAAGAGGUUAGGUUUCUUAUUCCAUUGUGUGUCUCCUUCUUCUCCUGAUGUGGCCAGGUGCAAAGGUGGCCACAGGAUGGAGCGGAGGGAACACUGAGUGUGGACGGAGUUAGGAGACCUGGCCUCAGAUCCUGGCUCUGCUCCUAACGAGCUGUGCGUUGACUCCUCUGUGUCUUGGUUUUCUUAUCUGCAAGAACAAAAGAGCUAGCCUCGAUGAUCCCCCAGGCCUGCCUCCGGGUUUCGCAUGCUAAGAUUGCUCAGGCCCAGGUCACGCUAUGGUGGUCAUCAAUACCUGCCUGUCCAGCCUUUGAUUACUUGUAAAGAUCUUCAGGUUGGCCUGCCCAGUGGGUACUAAGGGACCAUGAAGGACCGAGCCUGGGGACAGGUGACAGAGGCUUUCCUAAGAGCCAGGAACAUGAAAGCAAUCAGCAGGUCUGGGUCUCUCCUCUGCGUUGUGGGUUCCCACAGGAGAUGCUGGAAGGGAUGGUCUAAUUCUUAAGUGGCUCGGCUCUGUCUAGAAAGGGCUGUGUUGUGAGGUGUGGGGUGGAGAAGGGACCGCGUCCUUCCCCAUCCUACCCCUACACAUAACACAGAGGUGUAGUCCACUUCUCCUCAGCCCCAUCCCUCCACAUGGAGACCCCAAAAACCCAUGAGAAGCAAAAGGGGCUGCACUUCAGGUUCAGAAAGGCCAUCUCACCCACGUACCUAACUUCUCUCCCUGGAGCCUUGUCCCGCAGGCACCUAGGAGAGUAUGGCGUCUGCUCUGCUCACAGAAAGGAUGGAGUGAGCAGUGGACACUGACUUGCUUUGAAGUUAUACAGUCACCAGACGGCUCUGGAAUAUUCACAGGGUCAGAUCCUUGUCCAGAAAACAUGGCUCCAGCUCUGCCUGGCUUUUCAAUGUAGAGAAGGGUUCGAUGGCCCAAGCGUGGGUCAUCCACCCUCAGCCCUGUCCUCACUCCAUUACACCUCAUUACAUCACCAUCUUCACAGAGGGCUUAGAGUCGGGCUGAGGGGGUGGCAGCCUGUGAGACAGGAGAGGGAGGAAAAGAAAGGUGGAGGCACCCGAAAGGGCAGGGGGCUGCCAUCUCCUCCUACCUCUUCACAAGUUGAGUGUGAAGGCCCCCGGGAAGCGCUCAGACUGAAGAGGAGAGCCCAGCGCUGAAGCGAGAUCAGGGCGUUAGCUGUACGAACAGCUCCCAGACAAAUUGCUAAGAAUUCAUGAUUGCAGGAUCUUGGCCGUAAGGGCAUACUCUGCAGACGGCCUCUUUCGCUGCUAACAAAAUCCGAUUUUCAGCGUGAAAAAUGGCUGAAGCAUUCAGAAAUGGUCCAGUCAUAGCACCUCAUUAACACACCUGCACGCAUGCAUUCCACACGCUAGAGAAAGCUUUCAUUAUCUCUGCAGCAGGUCUUUUCUAAAAAUCAGGCCUUCCAAACUAGAAGCUCGAAAGCUGGUCUCCUUACGUUUUUGCAUGGCUAACAGCAAAAUUCACGAAAGCUUAUGAAAAGCUGGGAAAAGGUGAAUUCAGUGCAUGGGCCGGAUGAGCUUCAAAAGUUGAAAUGUACAUUCCCUUGGCAACGGGUAAGUGGCUUUUUCUC